UUGCGCUAAUUCUGAUAUAACUGCGGUCACAGAAAACGAGACUGUACAUGUACUCGCGGCACGAAUACGAUUUCAUGAUUCUCUCCAUGACGGAUGUGGGAAAAGAACGAAGACGUUCGAAGAAAUGAUGAGUGACAACGCAAUUUUAGAAGAGCAACAAGAAAAUGAAGAUGUAACGAACGAAUGGGAAUAUGUAACGUAUGAACAAAAAGAAGAAGACAAAUUAGAGAAAAUCUCUGAUGUGGAAGACGCGCAAGUAAUUGAAAAAGCGAAAGAAUUAGAAAAGAGUGAGGAAGAUGAAGAUGCGGAUAAGAAAAUCAUGACGUUUCUGCGUGAAAAGGGUUUAAGCAAAACUCUUAUCAAGACGUUGAUCAAUACCGGUCUUACGAACGAAAAUGUCAGACUUUUAAAGACUUUAGAUCUAACCGAUGACGACGUCGACAAUUUGCGUGAUUUAUGGCAAGCAAAAAUUGUUGAACAAGUUAGCAAAAGCAGCGAUUCUAUUAAUUCCACUUUGCCCGGCGGCUCGUCGUCGAGCGCGCACUUGUCGCCGAACAGCGUCUAUUUAAAAAGGGUCUUGAGCAAGCCAUUGAUACAAGCUCUUCGCGAAAUUGUAGCAAAGCAACCGGCCGAUCCGGUGGAAUAUCUGGGCCACUGGCUGCUACAUUUUAAAGUUUGCGAAGAACUAAGUAUACAGCGGAAAGAACGUGAAGUGAAACUUUUUAUCAGCCAAGAAAAACUGAAACCGAAAAAAGUUGAAGAAACUCUUUCCGAGUGGAAAAAAGAAGAGGUUCCCGGCGAGGAUUUGAAUUAUUUCGAUUAUGACGAAUAUAUGUUUAAUUAUUAA